CUUCCUUGUAGACUCUGUGUUCUCUUCCCCAACAAAAUUAAUUAAGCUCGAAAAGUAAUCUCUCCAACCCAAACCCUAACUCUAAAAAUGGCAUACGCAAGCUCAGAUCGCGAUCCGAACCGAACUGAAAACCCAAAUACCCGACUAUACAACCCGUAUCAAGACCUGAAUCUUCCAGCUAAAACACUCUACCAGCUCCCAACCUCACCGGAGUUUCUCUUCCAAGAAGAAUCUCUCCGGCAACGCCGUUCUUGGGGUGAAAAUCUUACCUUUUACACCGGCUCCGCCUAUCUCUCCGCCUCUAUCGGCGGUGCUUCUGUCGGUUUCUUUUCCGCUUUUAAAUCCUUCGAACCUACCGAUACUAUGAAGCUCAAAGUCAAUAGGAUCCUCAACUCUUCGGGUCAUUCCGGUAGAGUAUGGGGUAACCGGAUCGGAAUUGCUGGAUUGAUCUACGCUAUGAUGGAGAGCGGCGUUGUAAUGGCUACUGAUAGAGAUGAUGUUUGGACAAGUGUGGCGGCGGGGCUGGGUACCGGUGCGGUUUGUAGGGCGGCGAGAGGCGUUAGGUCGGCAGCGGUGGCUGGAGCUUUGGGUGGAUUAGCGGCGGGUGCGGUGGUGGCCGGAAAGCAAAUGAUGAAGAGGUAUGCUAUGAUUUAACAAAAAGUGAGAGAUUUGAAGAUGAUUAUAAUUAGGGUUUUGGGUUCAUUAUUUAUUUUUUAUUAAGGUUAUAAAAAAAUAUAAAGGCUUCUUCAAUUUUGAUCUUGAAUUGUAAUUGAUUAAUAUAAUGUUUGAUGAAUUGGAAUCAAUGAAACCCACUGAUAAUGAAUUUCAAAUCACUUUGCUGUUAAAGAGAAGAACCAUAUGCUGUUUCUUGGCAUUAAUUGUAAGUUAUUAUAGUGAAUAAUGGUUCUUCAAUCA